CCCGGCCCGGAGCCGUCCCGCGACGGGCGGCGGUGCUGCGGCGCGCGGCGUCGCCAGAGGAGCGGCGGCCCCGGGGAGUGACUCCGGUGGGGGGAGGAGGAGAAGAGGAAGAAAUCAGAGUGCCGCGGGCCCGGAGGGGGUGGGGAGCCGAAGCCCUCUCCUCCCCCCUCCCGCACGCACUUGCGGAGCUCUCAGAGUUGCCCUUCAGCAUCGGCGGCACCGGCAGGCUGACCCGGCGGCGGCGGAGCCCGGCGUGCCCGGCUGCGCUUCUGCUUUUUUUUUUUUUUUUCCGCCCUUUUUUUUUUUUUUUUCCCCUCUUUUUUUCCUCCUGGUUGGUUUCCCCGCUCCCGCCGAGGGCCGCCGUGCCCGGCGCUGGGCAGUCACGAGCGAUGCCGCUGCCGGGCGGGAGGGUGGUGCUCGUCCUCGGCUUCGUCCUCCUGACGGCGCUCCUGGCCGCCGUGCGGGGGCUGCCCGUCGGCAGGCAGCGCGGCGGGCCCCGGGAGAGGAGCUCUAAGCUGGCCGAGGUGAGCGGGGAGCGAAGCUGACGGGCGGGGCCCGGAGGCCCAGGUGGGAAGCGGGAACCCGGCCCGGCCCGCGGUGCUGCGGCUCUGCCGGUCCCUUCUAGCAGCGAGUACGGGCGGCGGCGGAGAGAACUGCUGCUGCAGGGGCUGCUGGCGGGUAUCCCGGUUCGCGGCGGGGUAAGGCGAGGAGCGCGGCUCUCAGGUACGGCGCGUGAUGGUCGUGAAUGGGGAGCGCUGCGCCGAGGACCGCAGCAGCACGCGCCCAGCGCAGCCCGUGUCCCGCUUCCUGCAGGAGCGCGGGCAUCCAGCAGGCUGAGCGCUGAGAGCGGAGGGUCGGGGUGAGACGGAGAACGGAGACCGGAGCCCUCCCGGCUCCAUCUGCGCUCCCACACGCUGCAGCGCAGCGGGGAGAAGGUGGCCGAUGUUGUCCCGUAUCUACUAACGCACACGGACCGCGUUUUGAGAGGGAGUCCUCUGUUUCUGGUGCACGCGGGGAAGAGCGUUCAUUGCAAGGGAGUUGGACUAGGUGAGCUUUCAGGGUCCCUUCCAACUCAAGCUAUUCUGUGAUGAUUCUGUGGUGAACUGGGGGCAGUCGUGCCCGGUCUGAGCUGCGGCAGACAGCACGAGCGCAGCAGCGUGGUGGUUAAGGAAAGCCGGAGUGAUUUUGGGUCAUAGGCACAGAUGGUUCGUGUUGCAGAGCCGAUAGGUCCGGUCUCUAUGGCAGCGGGGCCGCCACAUCUGGAGUAUUGGUUACACUGUGGGUAAUGCCCUGCAGAUGUGGGCAGGACAGAGGGGCCCGCAGGAGAAAAACAGAAGUGACAGAGCGGGGCAGAUGGACAGCCACAGUGAUUAAACAAUUACGGAGCGCUGACUUAUUCUAAUUAAACAUCUUUAAAUAAAGCAAACAUUUUUCCUCCGUUAAAAUUUAAAUGGGAUUUUUUUGUAAUCUCUGCUGAGCCUGAGUUGCCCUUCUAUGCUAAAACAAUUCAGAAAAAUUAUAAGGUUAUCAUCACAUUUUUGAGUUAGAGACUUUUAGUUGCAGGAAGGACAGAGGGAAAGCAUGCUUUAUGGGUGCAGCCUCGUUGGCGUGUCCCAGGUCCUGCACCCCAACAGGGACGCCUCACUUCAGCCCUUACAAAUGGAUUGAGUGCUCACAUUUGCUUUCUCUCCGCUGUGAUACCGUGCAGAAAAGCUUUGUCCUACUUACUCUGAGUCCAGCAUAAGCCACAGAUGCGGUGAGAAUACUUUAUGUUCAAUCUCUUUAGCAGUUGAAAAGAGAGAACACUUUCUUCCAAACCAUGCCUGAAAAUCUAACAAGGGAAGACAUCUACCAAUUGUCUGUCUCUUUGGUCGUGUUUCAGGAGGUGUGCGGGCUCCAAAGCAGCAUGCAGUGACCAGCAGGGUUUUCUCCUGCAGGCUGGCUGCCUUGCAGCCAGACGUGGGCGGCUCCACAGCUCACCGCGGUGCCCCCAGCUCGCUUGUAACACUCCAGGUUUGGGUAACAGAAUGCUGAGAAGAGCUCGUGUCCCUGUGGAUAGCUCGUCACAUUGCUUAAUGCCUUGUUUGUUUCUGAAGUCAGGAGGUUUAAAUGCAAAAUAUGUUUUGAUAAACUCCCUGGAUUCCAAAAUAUUGGCUUUGAGCAUUGUUGGUAGAUGUUUGGAUUCUUUCUGACUGAUAUAAAUCAGUUCCAGUGCUCUUCUAGGAAGUAUGAAAUGAGCGAUGCUCCAGCACAACAGGAAAGCAAGCUCUAGAAGUGAUCAAACUUGCAUUCUCCGAUACAGCCAGCCACUGCGUGUAGCUGUGUGCAGAGGUACCCAUAACAGCAGCACCAGCCCUGUGCUGGCAGCAAGCCUCCUGCAGCACGGCCAUGCCAUGAGAUGGAGAUCCAAGUGCAUGCUGUUGGACUUCCCCUGUCUGAGGCUGCAAGGAAAGCUGCUCAGAUGAGAGGUAAAGGAUGGCAACAAAAGAAAUGCCAAACAGUGUAAGGGCUGUGCUGGCUGCACAUCAUGGGUUUGCAAAGCACCUGGUGCAACUGGCCCAGGGGAGGUAAGGAAACAAGAGCAGCACUUGGUAUUUACUGGUCUCAUUCAGCAGCGAGAGAAGCAGAGGGAAACAGAGUUCUACACCGAGAUGUUCUGCUUGCUGAUUAAAACAGUUGUGGCAGUCCUGAUCAAAAUUACAAGCAGCUGGGUGCUCAGGCUGGAGGAGGACAUGGAAUUAAGUGUGGCAUCAGGUGAUGUGUGCCUGGUGCUGCAAGCAGAAGGAGGGAGCCCCAGGCCAGGUGUGUCGGCUGUGCUGGAAGGAAGUGGCAGGACUGGAGCUGCCGGGCCAUGAGCCAAGUCCCCCGGCACCUGGCAGUGCUGGCACGCUGUGUGGGGACACUGCGGGGACAGGAGGGGUCUGGGUGGCACUGUGCCCCCGGAGCCCCACUGCUGUCACGGCGCGAGCAGCCAGGCUGUGUCAGUGGCAGAGUCACUCUGCCUGCGGAUGUGCUUUUUACCUUUUCAUUUCUUCAGCAAUUAAGCGUUCUUGUCCCUGGCUUUGUCCUUGGCGAAGGUCGGAUUUGCGGGCACAAAACGUGCACUGAAGCAUCCUUCCGCCCUGAAAGGGAUUCUUUGUGCGCAGGGAGGUACUUUACCCUUUGUAGCAAAUUUCCUUUUGAGAAGUGCCAAAUUAUCUUAGUCAACACAGUUGAAAACCCUCCCGCCCCGGGGCCGAGUCGGGCACAAACAAUGAGAGCUGGGUGCAGGGGAGCUGCGCGACCGGGGGCUCCUUCCUUCUCACUGUGCAGACGGGGCUGUGCGGCCCCACAGUCAGAAUCAAAGGGGUUCCUGCAAAGGGCACACGGGGGAGAGGGGAUUAGGCGCAAACCUCUCCCCACUGCAUCGCCCAGCCCUCCCUGGCAGAGCAGCUGUUCCUGGUGAGCCCUGAGGAGUGCGCCCAUCUCCUUCAUUCCUGCUGGCCUGGACCAAAAGUCCCCACUGCCCCUCAGCAGCUGGAGCUCGGGCUCAGCGCUGCGGAUGGUAUUGGGCUCCUGCAUACCUUAAGGGCUGAUGAUGGCAGUUGAGCCUCCAGCCACAGUCCCCUCGAGCCCAGCUGUGACACCCGAGUUAGCUGGUGUAGGGCAUGCACCUGGGACUUCGUACCGGUGUCUUAGGGUCAGGGAGUGGAGAAAGGAGCCUUUUGCUUUCCAUGGAAUCAAUAAAUGUUUUUCCACACAGAAUGAUUCCCAAACCAUCUACCUGGCAUUUCCCCAUGGGCAGGGUGAGGCAGGCUGGGCCGCUCAGUGCUCCCAAGCAUGUGGCAGCUGCGGUCUCAGUGCUCAGUGAAACACCGGAGCCAAGAGGCAGGACAGGGGUGGCAGCAGUGCUUCUGUGUAAAAAAGCUUCCAUUUCAGACAGAAGUUUGUAAAAGUGCAAGUACUUCUUUAUUAAUAUAACAUUUUUGAGGGGAACAUUCACUAGGCUGUCAGAUGCUUUUACAUGGCCAGCUGUCAACAUUGCAAGGCACGGCAUGCCUCAGGGCUGCUCAGCUUCUGUACCUUCCCUGUGCAGCAGGACUCUGGGUUUUAUCUGAGGAGCUGUUCAGUACCUUAGAGAUGAAGACUGUAGGGAUGGUGACCCACCUGCCCAGCAGCCCUGGGUAGCUCUUGGCUGUGGAUUGCAUUUGUCUCCCAGGGAAGGACAUGGCUUCAGAGGGAACAAAGCACAGUAAAUUCCUCCUGGUUAUUGCUGCCUUUGCUGCUCCCUGGUGCCCCAAGAUGAGCCAGGAGCAUGUCCUGAGCCAUGGCAGCCAUCAUUACACAGGGCUGUUCUCUCUUUGGGAGAAAGAACUCCAGGCCACUUGGCAGGAACUGCAUUGCGUUGCAUUGGCUAUGGGGAGGAGGGACAGGGACAUGGACACUUGCUCUGCUCUGUUUGGGAGUUUUGGUCUCAGGGUUUUGCCUGAGCUGCAGUGGUGGAGGAGGCAGCAGCUGGAGCAGUCAGAGGGCUGCGGUAUUCAGGCUGACAAAUGUAUGUCAUUAGCUGGAACAAGUUAAUGAUUACUGGAGCAACAAGUUAACGGCAACUCAGUUAGAUGCAUUAAGAGCUUAUGCAUAUUAUGGUUCAGCUAUGUUAACAGAAAACAUGUGCCCAAGCAAGGAGUUUGCCUCAGAGGACCAGAAGGUAUGGCUCUGUCUGUCCCCCCUUCUGCAUGGUUCGAGGGGCCCUGGUCCCACUCCCACUGCUGCGCUCUGUCCCUGCAUCUGUCCAGCCAGGCGGCAGUGGGGUCUGGGGGACCCAUCUGGGCGAGGUGCACCUGCCCUCAGCGUGGCCUACCGGGGCUGGCCUGUGAGCACAGUCCUUCAGUGCAAGGAAGGCUCGAGGCCUCAGAUGCUGCGGGGACACCUUGGCUGUGCCCCUGGACAUUCUGCUGGCCCCAUUUGGUCCUGCAUGCAGCCACACCGUGUCCUUGCUCCUCACAGCGCUGCAGGCUGUUUCUCCAUGCUGAGGUGUCUGCCCUGCUGGGGCUGGCUCUGCUUCAGAGACAAUCCCGUCCCAGACCUUGGGAAGAGUUCUAAGAUUGCAGUUGCCACAUUGUGACAAUAAAUGGGGGAUGUGAGGAAGCCUUUGAUGCUGCCUCCUGCAGCUCCCUCCUAGGAACAACUGGGCUGUGGCCAUUUAGGAGAGUGUUUCCUUAUAGUCUGAAGUAUUUUGAUAACUGUGAAAAUUAUAGUCAUGGAGGUAUAAUAAUUAUCUGCAUGGCCCUGUUUGCAGCCAGCUCCUACAGGUCCAUUAAAAACAGGAUCUUCCCAGACCAGAGUGAUAACCAAGUGCCUCAUCUGAUCCACGAGCACUUACAGUGCUCUCCUAGAACAUAAAGGGUGUUGCUUGUGUCAUUAUUUAACAAAACAAAACCAAAAAAAAGAAUUCACAUGAGUUGAUCCUUAGGCGGACAGGCAAGUAGAGCAGCUGGGAGGUCUCGGUCCCAUGCUUUACUUGCACCACAGCCCCUGUGCUGGCAGGAACGUAGCCAGCGUGGAAGAAGAGCAAGAGCUGAAGGUGUCUGAUCAUCAGGAGCUCAUCUGUCAAAAAAAGAAAAUUCCCAUCUCUGUUUGGUACUUCGCAGGUUCGUGAGCAGUCAGGUUUGCAACAAAGCACUAGAUGAAUGUUAAAAAGUCGGAGAGAAGUUGAAGGAAAGAGUAGGAAGACAAUUGUGUAGACUCAGCUCUGUUCAGGAAAAGAUUAAUAUUUCUUGUGGUUGCAUUCUUGUUUCAGUACAACAUGGUAAAACUGUUUAAAGGAAACAACACAAUCAGUAAUGGUUAAGCAACAAAAAAGCAUUCCUUAUAAUUAUAGCCCACAGUACCACACCAGCUUUUAGCAAAUGUAUCAUUUUCUUCACUGCAGUGUUAACCUUAAGCAUAGCCUGAAUGUUGCCUCUCACCUGACUCUCACGUGCAUAGAUUUCAAACUAAAUGAGUUUAUGUUCCCACUGACUGGCUUGGGAGAGGAGCAGACAGAAAUGGCAUCCUCUAAGUGCCGAUGCACAGGCUCUUCCGAUGCUUUGCCCCCAGGAGUUGACUGGAGUGUGCUUGGCUUGGGUUUGUACUGGUAAUGAAGAGCAGCUCUGCUCAGCAAUGCAUGGAGGUGCAAGGAGUGCUGCCACUGGGUUUGUGUGCAGAGCCCUGGCAGCUUUUAGCUCCUAUGGAGAUGCUGCUGGGAGGACACGUAUUGGUGAUACAGGUAGCAGCCAAGUUUUGUCAUAGGACAGCCUAGCAUGAGGAAUGAUCUGCUGAUCCUUUCAAGUUUUAAACUGCUUUUUUUUAACACAGUGUUAGUUCAGAGUCACAGAGAGUUUGUAGCCAAGUUGCAGAUUUUAAGACCAGAAGAAAUAGAUUGCCAAAAUUCUUCCCUAGCACAGAUGCUGUAUGUAUGUCUGAGCCAGUACCUUGUGCUGGGCUGUCUCCACAAGAGACACAGCCUCUUUUCUUGUUAGCUUGUUCCUGUGGUUAGUCACCUACGGUGUCAAAGCAUGAUCCUUAUUUUUCAGCUGAAUUUGUCUGGCUUUGACUCACAAACAUUGGUUCCUAUUAUGUGUUUCUGUUCUGGAUUAGAGUCGCUGGUGCUUGAUGGAUUGUUUCCUUAAACAACCAGGAAAUCAAGUGAUUGCUUUAUCUUUUUAACCUGACAAAUGAAUUGUACAAAUCUCUCACUGGAAAAAUCUUUCCAUCCCCCGGAACUGUUUUGCAGCUGUUCUCUUCAUCAUUUUCAGAUUUCCAAGUAACUUUCAUAGAAGUGUCUGGACUAGAAAUGGGAAGAUAUCAAGUUUUAAUCUCUAUUAAAAAUGUGUGGCCUUUCCCCAUGCCUUUUCCAUAUACCCUGUCACCCCUGUUAGGUACAAAAUGUGUGUGACACUGGGGUGAAUUGCUGACAGGUUCCUUCCACUUCCUAAUGUCUUUGCUGAGUUUGUGCCCUGAGGUGUUUAGGUGACCCUACACAUGGGAGAGCCAGGAUUAUACGGGAAGGGCUGGUAGGAAGGCAAGUGUGAUCUGCCUCUUGGAUUUCAUAGCCUUCAGCCUGAGCACAGUGUUCACAAAUGGAACCACAUGCUAUUUCUUUCCCAGCCAGGUAAGACAUCACUGUGGGCAUCGUGUGGACAGAGGAGGAGCUGGCGCUGGGCUGUGGCAGUUCCCGGUUUGUUUUUUCCUUUGCUAGUCCAAGCUGGUCACAGAGGAAGGCUGGAGCUGGGCAGUGGCCAGGAGACACAGAUGGCUUCCAGGCACUGUGUUCUCCAUUUCUGAUGCAUGGAGGCAAACUUGCUCUCCCAAUGGUAGAAGGAGAUGGGAGCUGCCAACAACUGGGUUUGCUGCGUUUUACUGAUGGCCAGGUUUGGGUUAGAGGGGACAAGCUGGAUAUGACCUCAUGCAGAAAUCCCAUGCAAAGGCUCUGUAAACAGGAUUGUUUUAGCUGCAAACAGGCAAGGUCUUCUUUUCACGAGUCACCUGUGGGGGCCACCCAGGCAGACACACGCAGGGGCUUUUGUGUCCCCAUAGGAUCUGGGAGCAGGGGGAGCUCUGUCUGCCCAGUAACGCUCCCCCAGCCCUCUCUUCUGUGACACUUUUACAUUUUCCCUGUGGGAACAGUACUCUGAAUUUCUUGAGCUUGUUUGGGCGUAAAAUCUGAAUUAGGCACUGAGUGUAAGUUUGGAGACUCGGAGUCUGUUCCUGGCUCAGUCGCUGUGAUGUCCUUGGGUGAGCUCAGAUCUCAUUGCUAGAGACCUUCGUUUCCAUGUAUGUGUAUUAAAUUUGGAUCCUCUGUGAAAGGAGCUUAUCCAGCCCCAUUAAGCUUGUUGCAAAUUAUGCACAAGAGUCAGUGUCUCAGGGCUGCUGGCUGUGCUGUGCCCAGGGGCUGCAUUCAGCACACACAGCUGGGAGCAGGCCCAGUGCUGCAGGCAGUGCCGUGUGGCCAGUGCUUGCCAAGCACGCAAGGCCGUGGCCAGCCUUCCCCAUCUCCCUGGCAGGGGCUGGACGCCUCAAGGAGGGGCAGCGGGGUGCUCUUCUGGACCCAUCUGGUGAAGUCUGUUAUAGGCUCUUCUCUGCACCCAGCCCACUCUGGUCAGCAGCCAAGGGACCAGCAGUGUCCCUGCUGCUCUUUUCCCUCCCCCGGGGAUGGGGAGGGGGAUGCAGGCUUUGAUGUGUGGGCACAGGGCUGGGGACAGGCUGUGUGUGCUCAUGAGAGCCUGGCCGAGCUCCAGCUGCCUUUGAAGUGCUCCAGUGAUCAGGAUGAAAGGGAGGGGAGUCCUUCUCCAAACCAUCUGGCUCUAAUUGCAGGUAGAAAUGCCUCUCUGCAUCCCCCAUGGGGAGGGGCAUGCCGCUCUCAUCGUUAAUCCCGCCACUCUCGUCUGAGCUGGCGUGGAGGGCGAGAGCUUGGGAACAAAGGGGGGUUUCAGCCAGGCAGCCAGAAAUAGAUGCCGCUGGCAGAGCUGCUGGAGCUUUGGUCACCUCUGUGCCCAGUAUGGGGCUGCAGGGCCCUGGGGAAAUUCCCAGGGAAACCCAUGCCACGAUUGGACUUUGCCAGUUGUUCCCAUCUCCAAUUUCAUCCCUCUGAUUAGCACCCUUCCAUGCCAGUGCAGAGGUGAGGACCAUGCAGACACAGGGUCAACCUGGCAGUGUGGCAGCUGAGGAUCCCUGCCCCCUCCUGCCAGGCCAUGCAGAGCUGGGCAGCAGAGCUCUGUGUGUCACUGAGGUGGCAGCAGCAGUCACUGGCAGUGCAUACAGGUUGUUUGCUUUGUCAUAUUUGGCUGGGCAUUCUUCCCAAGGAAGUAAGGCAGUUUGGUUAUAUCAACAGUUCUGUUUCCUCCUUGCAGUAGUCUUUGGGCACCAUCUUAAAUCUCAGUCACUUAAAGCAACACGGAUUUAGGUUUAAGUCAUCUGCAGUAGUAGGGAUACACAGAGUGAUUUCUCCUGGUGAAGUAUUCGACCUUGUAAAUCCCCUCCCGUGAGCUCUGGCAGCUCUCUGCUCAUGAGCAACUGUUGCUGUUAUCCAUUGCCAGGAACCAAGAAACAGCCAAAAAGGGAGAACAAGGAGUGGAACACCGGGUGGCACCGGCAGUGGGGCAGCAGAGACAUGCAAAGAGAGAGUGGUUGAUGGGAUGGGAGCACAGCCUGAGCAGACCUGUAGGCUGCCUGAGUGCAGUGAGGUCCCAGCAGUCCAGGUCUCUUGGUGUUAAUUAAUUGUUAAUCAUUGUUCUGCUCCAUGCUGCAGUGGGAUGAGGCAGGGGAACUGUUCAGCACGGAAGAGCAGAUCCUGCUUCUCUGGGCAGCAGCCACCCUCAGAAGAUGGCUGGGUGAGAGGGGGGCCAUCCUCACUGCCUCUUCCUCCUGCAGGUCUCUGCCUCUUCACUGCCUCUUCCUCCUGCAGGUCUCUGCCUCUUCAAACCCCCGUGCGGCUGGGGAUGAGGAGCUGCCACCAUCAGGCAGGGCACGGGGCCUGCGGCGCAGCGGGCAGGCAGGCCCACGGCGCCACCGCCGCCGCGGGGCCGCUCAGCAAACUGUGAGGAGCCCGAUGCUGCGCCAGCCCAGUGGUGCUGGCCGGGAGGAGAGCCUGCCCUUCGUGCUGGACCUGCAGAGCUUGCCAGGGCUGGCCAACGUUGACCUGAGCUCCCAGAAUCCCAACAUUCAGGUAACCAUUGAAGUGGUGGAUGAUCCUCAGGCUGAAAUGGAGAUGGACUUGUUGAAGGAAACAAGCAAUGACUGGUCCUUGACGUCCUCUGAGUGGCUGUCCCACAAGGACCUCUUCUGGCCUCUUUUCUGGGAAUACACUGACCCCAACGAGGAGGAAGAGGAGGAGGACGAGGAUGACAAUAUGGAUGUAGGGGACAGAGAGGAGGAGGAGGAAGAUGAGGAGGAUGAGGAUGAAGAAGAGGAAGAAGAUUACACUGCAGAGUAUGAGGAGGAAGAGUCCAUGCUCAGUGGAGUAGGAGAUGACUGGGAGCAGCGGUGGCCUGGUCAGAAGAACUGGAUCUUUAAGGAAAAAUAUAAUUAUGACUAUGAAGAUGAGGAGGAAUGGAGCCCAUGGUCCCCUUGCAGCAUCACCUGUGGCAGCGGCAACCAGAAGAGGACCCGGUCCUGUGGCUAUGCCUGCACAGCAACAGAGUCAAGAACCUGCGACCUGCCACGCUGCCCUGGAGCAGAGGGAGAAAUAGUCUUCCCUACAGAGGAGACUCCUUUCAGAAGUGACAACACCACGGAGCUGUUCAACUCAGAUGUGGACAGCUGUGAGAAGUGGCUGAACUGCAAGAGUGACUUCCUCACCAAGUACCUCAGCAAGGUGCUGACAGACCUGCCCAGCUGUCCCUGCUCCUACCCGCUGGAGGCUGUUUACAGUGCUGUCAACCUGCAGGACGAGCGACAGGGCAAGAGCUUCCGCUGGCGGGAUGCCAGCGGCCCCAAGGAGCGCCUGGACAUCUACAAGCCAACAGCACGCUUCUGCCUGCGCUCCAUGCUCUCCCUUGACAGCACGACACUGGCAGCCCAGCACUGCUGCUACGAUGAGCACACCCGCCUCAUCACCCGGGGGAAGGGUGCUGGCGUCCCCAACCUCAUCAGCACCGAGUUCUCCCCAGAGCUACACUACAAGGUUGACAUGUUGCCCUGGAUCCUCUGCAAGGGUGACUGGAGCCGGUACCAUGCCGUCCGACCACCCAACAAUGGGCAGCAGUGUGCGGAGAACCCGGCUGAGGAGGAGUACCUCUCCCAGCUACAGGAGGCCAAGGAGUACUAGCCACAGCUGUGCUGGGAGGAGACAUGGGGCCACAGUGCAUCUGGCCGCUAACAGAUCCUGCCUUGACCAAUCCUGCGAGGGCUGGAGCCAAUGCUUGUGCUGCCUUCCCUUGGGAGCACUGCUGAGCCCCAGCCCUGUUGGUGGGCUCCUCAUGGGGCCAAGUGGAGCGGGGUCUCAUCGUCUCAGCGGGGCGUCUCAGCUCCCACCAGGUUUGUGAGGGCGCAGGAGGUUGUCACUAUGUCACCCCAGCUGCGCCACCUGGGGCAGGUCCCCUACCACCGCUCCUUUUUGGGCAGUGCAGAGCCAGGGUGCAGGGGAGAGGCAGGGGCUAGUGUCAGGGGAAAAGGGGCUGCUCCCUUGUACUUCUUCUAAGGUCUCCUCCACGGUCUUGCAGUGCAAGCUGUGAGUGAGCAUCUGCAGCGUGGAGUGGCCUCAGUUCCCGUUGGUGUCAUGCUGCAUCUGAGGAGCUGGCUGGCUGCAGCCUGCCCUGGUCCUGUUGAUGUGCCUGCCCUGGCACAUGCUCUCCUCUUCUACAAGGGGGGAUCAUCCUCCUUGAAGGGAUGGGGCUGUCCCAGCAUGUAUGUAGAAUGGAGCCUCUCCUCGCCUUGGCUGUUUGCAUUCCCAAUUGGGAAGGAAAGGGUGGAGGCUUAACAAGGUUUUAUGGAUUAGUGAGUGUAUGUGGGGCAGGGGGGUGAAUGGCCGCAUGGGCUUCUGUGGCAAGAUCACCUUAUCUCUGUGGUUUUGGCUGCUAAAGGGAGCACUCAGUGCCAAAGCAUGAGAGAGGUGGACCAUUGAAGUAGUUCUUCACAGGAGAACCGCACAGGUCUGCAUUGCAGCCUCUCUACCUCAGUGCUUGGGGAGCAAGCUGUCUGCACCUGUGCGAGUUCCAUCACCAGUCCUGCUCUGUCUCAGAUCCCUGGUGGCUCCCCAGCGGGCUUCAGUGCUUGGAAACCAAUAUGGCCCAGCAUAGAAUGUCCCACAUUUCCCACCCAUGGCAGCCAAGACACUACUUGGUGCUGUUGCUGAAGGAGGAGCAAAGAGUUCUGAGCUAAGUUCCCCAUGGUGAUGAGGACAAAUCACCACUAGGCGCAUGCAGUGUUGCCCUUUCUAGUUUGCUGCUCAUCUCUUGUCUUUCUGAAUACAUUCUCCAUGUAGCAUUUGCCUAGACCCUCACCAAGAGGCAACCCAGAGAAGCAUGUCCGGGUUGCAUCCUGCUACUCUCCAGGCUUGCUGCUUUGCUGGACAAGCAGACACAGCUCCAAAUGAGGAAGAAACAUGUCAAUAGUGUCAAUACAUGGUGUCUGCAAAUCGCGACACUAUCCAUGGCCACUUCGGUCUUGCCGGUUUUAUUUUUUUUUUUUUAGUUUUACACAGGUUCUUGGCAGCUUCUCCCAUCACGUUUUUGGGAACUCUAGAGAUCCUGAACUUCCCACAGGAAAACUAGGCUGAGCACCUUGAUCUCUGGACAUUCAGUAGUUGAACCUGGCUGAAACGGUUCUCAACUUUCAUUUAGCAAAUCUUACGCAUCAGAGGAAAUAAAAGAGCAAUUCAAGCAAACAGGAAGAAGGCUGGAGUCAUUUCUGAACUAGAGAUUUCAGCUAGGGCAGUUGGUUACUCCAUGUCCUUUUGCAGAACACUGUCAGACCAAAAGAUGUCUGUCUAGGUUCGGAUGGCCUCAAGUUGACCAUCCUGUGCUAGUUCUGUCCUAAUUUCAAGAGCCUUCUCCAGAAUGAGUGAACACCCAUAGUCAGGUAGCUCUUUGAGGAGUCUUUCUAGGACUGUCUUACACAAGUUGAGUGUCUCUUGAUCCUCUUGCCUCAGUUACUAGUGGAAUAUUGCAUCCAUAGACAUCAGUAGAUAGAACUUCAUUGCUGGUAAAACAAAAGUAUUAAUGAAGUUAUCACUGAAUUAUUUAGCUAUUUUUCCACACUUGGAUCCAGAGACCCCAGUUAUAGGUGCCAUCAAAAUGUAGGCAGACACAGUCCAUUUUCCAAAAGGCAUGCAGUCUUAAGAUGGCAGGCAUGUAAAGAGUAAGGAGAAAGAUGCAACCAACAGGCAUGGAUGGAGUCUCAGACCAUGGUGAAUUUUCAUCACCACUACAUGCUCCCUACCUGAAGUGGUUGUUUGCUCCCUAGCUUCCUAUGAAGAGGUAAUUCAUAAGGAAGUGGUCCAGAGGGGAUGACAGUGAUCGGGCAGGUUAGUUCUGGGACCCUGAGACAUGUGCAAGGAGGCUCACUGACAGAUAUGGAAGUGUUAGUACUGGAAGCAAACAAAUUGAGUGCUGAGCUGUGGGAGAAUGAGCUUGCUGCCUUCUGUUUCAGAAGAAUUUAAUUCCCAUAAGACAACUAAUACAAACAACUGUAUGCUCCUGGUGGACAGUAUUGGACCUGUGCAUGGAAGGGGGACCUCUGCAAAUAGUCUUUCUUGAAAGAGACUUUUGAUAAUGCAGCCAAUUUGUUUCACUGUUCUCUGAGGCAGCAGUCCUAAUAAGGACUGUUAGCCAGGUGUUGCACCCUCCCAUGUUUAUACUGAGGAUAUCAAGCAGCCUAACCCUCAAAAAAGAAACUAUAAUUUCUGCAAUAAAUGCAGUUCCCAUCCAAGGGCAAGUAGAAACAUUUAUUGCAUUAAGCCCCUACUAAAAUCUGAUUGGAAGCCAAGUGGCUACUCUGCCUGGCUGCCUCUGUGGAUUGGAAGAUACAGGCAUGAACUGGAGUAGGAGAAAUGCAGCAGUGGUGUUUCUCCCUCACAUGAGCACCUUACACACCAGGAGGCUUUGUAGAGCACCAUAAGAAAAGUAGACAUCAAGCAAGCGUUUAUUUUUAUAUGCCAUCAAAGACUCUGUCCAUCCCACUGCUAUUUAAGUGAUGAAUCUCUUACCUUCCACUCCAUACGUUUAUUGUGUUGGGUUUUUUUUUAAUAUAUAAUAUAUAUGAAAUUUAUUUCUACAAAAUUUCAUAGAGAAUUCUUUAUUCUGACACUGCAAUAAAGCACUUUAUGUA